AUGACGAGCCAGGAGAAGUGGCUUAACCUUAGUCCUGGAGAGUUCUCUCAGCUUCAGAAAUAUGCAGAAUAUUCUACCAAGAAAAUUAAGGAUGUCUUAGAAGAAUUCCACGGCAGUGGUGUGUUAGCAAAAUAUAAUCCUGAAGGGAAACAAGAUAUACUUAAUCAAACAAUUGAUUUAGAGGGGUUCAGGCUGUUCAUGAAGACUUUUCUGGAGGCAGACUUACCAGAUGAUUUCACUGAGCAUCUUUUUACGUCAUUUAGCAACAAAAUCUCUCACUGCAGCCCAUUAAUAAAAAACAAACCUCAGCACCUUCCUGGAGGUCUGAGACUUAACAAAGGUACUUCUACAUCCCGACCUCCUACUCCUGCUAACUUACAUUUACCAGAAAUGAUCCAGCUGAAAGAUAUUGUUUGCUAUUUAUCAUUGCUGGAAAGAGGAAGACCUGAAGACAAGUUAGAAUUUAUGUUUCGCUUAUAUGAUACAGAUGGGAAUGGUUACCUGGAUAGUUCGGAACUGGAAAAUAUUAUUGCUCAAAUGAUGCAUGUUGCAGAAUACCUUGAAUGGGAUGUUACUGAACUGAGUCCAAUCCUGCAUGAAAUGAUGGAAGAAAUUGACUAUGAUCAUGAUGGCACUGUUUCCUUAGAGGAGUGGAUCCAAGGAGGAAUGACAACAAUCCCGCUUUUGGUCCUUCUGGGGUUAGAAAAUAAUGUGAAAGAUGAUGGGCAGCAUGUAUGGAGAUUGAAACACUUUAACAAGCCUGCCUACUGUAAUCUUUGUUUGAACAUGCUAAUCGGAGUAGGCAAGCAAGGUCUCUGCUGUUCUUUUUGCAAGUAUACAGUCCAUGAACGCUGUGUCUCAAGAGCUCCUGCAUCUUGCAUCAAAACAUAUGUGAAGUCCAAAAAGAAUACUGAUGUAAUGCACCAUUUCUGGGUAGAAGGAAAUUGUCCAACAAAAUGUGAUAAGUGUCACAAAACCAUAAAAUGCUACCAAGGCUUGACUGGACUUCACUGUGUUUGGUGUCAGAUCACAUUGCAUAACAAAUGUGCCUCACAUCUAAAACCUGAAUGUGACUGUGGACUUUUGAAGGACCAUAUUUUACCACCUACAUCAAUCUGCCCAGUAGUAUUGCAAACACUACCCACUGUAGGAAGUUUGCUCCCAGAGGAAAGACAGUCAACAGUGAAAAAAGAGAAGAGCUGCCCUCAGCAAAUGAACAAACUGGCAGAACGGAACAAAAUGCAAAGAGCCAAUUCUGUCACUGUAGAUGGACAAGGUCUUCAGAUCACUCCAGUUCCAGGCACUCAUCCACUUUUAGUUUUUGUCAAUCCUAAAAGUGGUGGGAAACAAGGAGAAAGGAUUUAUAGAAAAUUUCAGUACCUUUUAAAUCCUCGUCAAGUUUAUAGUCUUUCUGGAAAUGGACCAAUGCCAGGGUUAAAUUUUUUCCGAGAUGUUGCUGAGUUCAGAGUACUAGCAUGUGGUGGAGAUGGAACAGUAGGCUGGAUUUUGGAUUGCAUAGAGAAAGCAAACUUGAUUAAGCAUCCUCCAGUUGCUAUCCUGCCUCUUGGGACUGGCAAUGAUUUAGCAAGGUGUCUGAGAUGGGGAGGAGGUUAUGAAGGUGAGAAUCUAAUAAAGAUCUUAAAAGACAUUGAGAACAGCUCAGAGAUAUUGCUGGACAGGUGGAAAUUUGAAGUAAUACCCAACGAUAAAGAUGAGAAAGGAGACCCAGUGCCUUACAACAUCAUCAAUAACUACUUUUCUAUUGGUGUGGAUGCUUCAAUUGCCCACAGAUUCCAUAUUAUGAGAGAAAAACAUCCAGAAAAGUUCAACAGUAGAAUGAAGAACAAAUUUUGGUAUUUUGAAUUUGGCACUUCGGAAACUUUCUCAGCCACCUGUAAGAAGCUGCAUGAAUCUGUAGAGAUAGAAUGUGAUGGAAUUCAGCUAGACUUAAUCAAUAUUUCUCUGGAAGGAAUUGCCAUUCUGAACAUCCCAAGCAUGCAUGGUGGAUCGAAUCUUUGGGGAGAGACAAAGAAAAGACGUAGCCACCGUCGGACAGAAAAGAAGAGGUCAGAUAAAAGAACCACUGUCACAGAUGCCAAGGAAUUGAAGUUUGUAUGCCAAGAUCUAAGUGACCAGCUUAUGGAAGUGGUUGGUCUUGAGGGAGCCAUGGAGAUGGGACAGAUAUACACAGGUCUGAAAAGUGCUGGAAGACGGCUUGCCCAGUGCUCAUCUGUUGUCAUCAGGACCAGCAAGUCUCUGCCUAUGCAGAUAGAUGGGGAACCUUGGAUGCAAACUCCUUGCACGAUAAAAAUUACUCACAAGAACCAAGCCCCCAUGUUGAUGGGACCUCCUCCAAAAACCGGUCUUUUCUCUUCCAUCAUCAAAAGAACAAGGAACCACAGCAAGGAAUAA